AUGUCCACACCGGUGGCAUCAGAGACCACACCAAGGCUUCAGAAGCCAAAGAAAGGUCAAAAGAGAAAAGUGCCUGUGAAAGCAAUGCUAGCUGUGACAGACAGAAGAUCAGAGAUGUCACCUGUCUCCCCAAAGGUGUCCUGCAAGCAGAAUGAUUCAGGGAAGCAGGUGCCAGGGGAUAAAGUUUGCUUGGCACAAAAAGCUCCACAGGCGAGCAGCAUUCUGGCCUCUAGUGAUGCCUCUGCAGGGGAUGUCCCGGAGCAGAGAUCCAAGAGGAAGAGAGGCCAAAGAAAAAGAAAACUGGAGAAUAUCAAGACAGAUCCAGAAGCCUGUAUCGUUCUUGCCUCCAGUGAUGCCUCUGCAGGGGAUGUCCCUGUGCAGCAAACCAAAAGGAAGAGGGUCCACAAGACAAAGACUCUUGUGGAUGUCAAAGCAGCUACCCAGGAGAACAGCAUGCAGGCCUCUAGCACAGCCACCCCUGAAGCUGCCCCUGGAACUGCCUCAGAGCUCAAGUUCCUCAGGAGGGGGAAGAGGAAGAGCAUAUGGACUGUGGACCGUAUAGAGGGGACAAAACUCAUAAUGAACAAGAAGAGAAGACCCAGCUAUCGCCCUGAGGACCUCGAAGCCUUCUACCGACUCCUGGAGGAUCCUGUGGUCCAGAACUUCUUGGCAGCUGACAUCUUCUUCAGGGUGACCGACAAGUAUCUGCUGUCUAUGGUGGUGGAGUACUUUGGUCGCGUUGGGCUUCCUGGACAUCUCUACAACAGGAUCCACUUCUUCCUGGCCCUUUACAUCGCCUGUGACAUGGAGGAAGACGACCCCAUAUCCAAGAGGAGCAUCUUCCAAUUCUUGCUGGGCAGAGACACCUGGCAAGACUUGUACAAGGAUUUCCUGAAGCUGCAGAGGGAUUUCUUCCAAGCCAUGGAUUACCGAGCCUGGGUCACACCAGAGCAGUGUGUAGAGAUCCAGAACCAGAAUCCACACCACUGGGUCUGGAGCCGGGUGCGCCAGGGCACCCCUUAG